AUGGAGGACGAGUUGAGGCUGCGCACCGUGCAGCUGCUGGCCGACUACCUGGAAAGCUGCGCCCGAAUGCCAGGCACCGCCGCGCGGCGGCCGUCCACGCCUGAGGCCGCCGUGCUGCGCUCCGUGGCUGCCCGGGUACGGCAGCGUUACCACCACUUUUGGUCCCAUUACCGCGGAUAUCGGGGAAACCGCCUCGGGCUGGUGGCGAACCUGGCACAGCGGGUAGUCCGAGGUCGCGGAAUACCCAGCUGGGGCCACGUGGUGGCGCUCGUGAGUUUCGCGGGGAUCUUGCUGGAGACACCGCCGGCACGCCACGCGUGGGAACUGAAGACAUGGGAGGCCGACGUUGGCCGGGACUGCCAGAAGCUGGUGGCCUUACUGUGUGAUUGGCUCACAGUGGAGAACCGCACCUGGCUGGAGGCGCACGGUGGCUGGGAUGGCUUUUGUCACAUCUUCACACCCACGCUGAUAUGUCCUUGGAGCACACCGCUGGUCCGGGUGCUUCUGUCAUGCUUCACAGCAACAAUCUUAACCUAUUUGUGGACAAAACCAUUAUGA